AGAGUGAAAUGCACCUGUCAUCGUUUUCUUUUAACCUGAAAUCAUUUUUACAUUGGUUGUUGACAAACGCACGCAUUUUAUUCGCUUUGCACAAUACUUGCCCAAAAAAAGUAUCGGCAACACUUUUUUGUGUGUGUUUUAUUUCCAUUAUUUUUGGACGAAUUGCUACGACAAAACACAGCAAUCAUGCCACGAUAUUAUGGAAAAUAUGAUAAGAAAAUUGACUAUGAAGCUGUUGUGGAGGCUAUCAAACAGAUGGAUAAAAAUGAAAAGUCUAUACGUGUUAUCGCCAAAACCUAUAAUGUACCACGAGCUACAUUGAGCCGUUAUAUGGGAAAGUUGCAAGACGCAAAUAUUGAUGUUUCCACUGCUUCCGAUGAUACGAUGAUCACAUUUCUGAAAGGAACUACUAUAACAGGGGCAAAACCGAUUUUCAGUGAUGAAGAAGAACAAACAUUACUAAAAUAUCUCCUCCACGCAAGUGACAUUUACUAUGGCCUGAGUAUUUCGGAACUACGGGCUUUGGCAUUCCAAUACGCAGUAUCCAUAAAACGCAAUUAUCCUGAAUCGUGGGAUGAGAAUAAGGAAGCAAGUAAGGACUGGUACUACUCGUUCAUGAAUCGACAUCCAAAUUUGUCGUUGCGCAAGCCGGAGCAGGUCAGCCAAAAUCGUGUGAAAGCAUUUACCAAAGAGAAAGUCGAUGCCUUCUUUGACAAUUUUCGUUCUGUGCUCAAUGCAACAAAUCGUGAUGUACAUGAAAAAGUCACAACUUCUGAGUCUUCAGCAGGAGCUAGCACAUCAGGUACCAGCUCUUCUGCUUCUCUUUCACACAAAUUGCGACAAUCUGGCCCACUGAAAAAAGGAACACCAGCUGAAAAGUCCAAUCGUGGUCGCAAACCGAUGAGAAGUGCUAUCUUAACAUCGCCUGAAUUUGUCACUGAAUUACGUGAGAAGGCUGCAAUCAAACGCAAAAAAGAGGAGGAAGCAAAGAAGACACCUGCGCCCAAGCGCAGAACUAGAUCACAACCAGCGCGACGUGAUUCUUCCGACGAUGAAGAUGUUGACUUCUGCAUACUUUGUUUGGAGUCAAUGCCAAAGAAAUUGACCAAGAACAAUUCAGUUGCAUGCAUGGAAUGUGGUCGAGAUGUCCAUGCAAAAUGUGCUACCUCCGCCAACACAUUUACGUGCCCAAAUUGCGUAUCAGAUUGA